UUGUGAAAAAAAUUAUACUACAAUUUCUCUCCCCAAAAAACGAGAAGGGAUAGAGGAAUUAGGGUGUAAUUUUUGUUCCUACCCUCCCGUUUCAUUUAGAAUAUGGGUUCUCCUCAACCAGGAAUGGAAGCUGAGAAGGAGAUUAAUGAUGAUGAAGUUAAGAGUGUAAUUGAAGUAAUGGCAGCUAAUGGGAAGUAUUGGCAUGAUUGGGACAAACUCAAGGGCAUGCUGUCAUUCCAUCUUAAGCAGGUAUGGGGAGGUCCUGUCAGACUAUCCAGAGGCAAAAAUGACUACCGAACAGCAACAAUCUUGUUUAGGAGAGAGCUUUCCCGAGUUGGUGAAAAGGUUGGAUGAUGCUCUCAACAGCUUUGCUGAAGGCCCUCCAUUUACGUUGCAAAGACUAUGUGAGAUUUUGUUGGAUGCACGGAACAUUUAUUCUAAGCUGUCAAAGCUUGCGUUGGCUCUAGAAAAGAAUUUGCUAGUUACAUCAACAUUGACGGUCUCCAGUGACCCAUUUGCAUCUUCUAACAUGCAAAAUGCGACAGCACUAGAUAGAGAAGAAACCAAGGGUGCCCCAUAUGCAUCUUCUAACAUGCAAAAUGCAACAACACCAGAUAGAGAAGAAACCAAGGGUGCCCCAAUUCUAUCUAAUUCAGUGUCUAAUGGAGUGGAACCUAUAGCCAGUGCAGGUGAUUCAGAUGAAGUAAUGGCUGAGGUAGAAGAGGCUGAAGUUGAGGAUGUUAUGACUAUUGACAUGGAUACAAUUGAAGCAAUAGUUCGAUCAUCUGAAGCAGAUACUACGCCUCCCAGUGAUUCAUAAUGCUCUGUUUCUAUGUAGUAAUUGUUUUCACCUCUAGUACAGGAAGUCUGUAAAAGGUAUAUCAUGCUUCGGUGAAAUUAGAGCAAGUCCUGAGGAGGUGCCUAAAAGAUCGAUCGUGGUCGUGAAUAUAUGUUGGACCAAUAUAAUGUGUCUCGAACCUUAUUUUUACCCCACGUAGGUCUAUCUUGAGUGGGGAAAAACCCUGGUUGCUUUCGUCUUCGUUGAACUAACGAGUGUCUCUAUAGCAUUUCGAGAAAUAUACUGGGUGCGCCUCUUUUUUCCCCUGAAUGAUCAUUUAUUGUUGGGGCAUUUGCAUCUA